CCGCUGCCCCCGCGGCCGCAGCAUGGCGGGAGCGGCCCCCGGCUCCGCCGGGCGGCGGCGGCUGCGGGACGAUGGGCUGCGCACCUGCACCUCCGCCGAGCAGUCCAAGGUGGAGGACAUCGUGCAGGAGGUCUAUGAUGCCUACAAGACAAAUCAUCACUCCUCACAGUACGUCCUGCAGCGGGAGAAGCACUUCCAUUACCUGAAGAGAGGUCUUCGGCAGCUCACUGAAGCCUACGAGUGUCUGGAUGCCAGCCGCCCCUGGCUCUGCUACUGGAUCCUGCACAGCCUGGAGCUGCUGGAUGAGCCCAUUCCCGAUUCGAUGGCCUCUGAUGUCUGCCAAUUCCUGAGGCGGUGCCAGAGCCCCCAGGGUGGAUUUGGGGGGGGUCCCGGCCAACACCCCCACCUCGCCCCCACCUACGCCGCCGUCAACGCGCUCUGCAUCAUCGGCACCGAGGAGGCCUUCGGCGUCAUCGACAGGAAGAAGCUCUUGGAAUACCUGCACUCGUUGAAGCAGCCGGAUGGCUCCUUCCUCAUGCACGUGGGUGGAGAGGUGGAUGUCAGGAGCGCCUACUGCGCCGCCUCAGUGGCCUCGCUGACCAACAUCCUGACGCCCACACUCUUCGCUGGCACGGCCGAGUGGAUUGCCAGGUGCCAGAACUGGGAGGGUGGGAUUGGCGGCGUGCCGGGCAUGGAGGCGCAUGGCGGCUACACUUUCUGCGGCGUGGCCGCGCUGGUCAUCCUCAAGCAGGAACAUCUGCUGAACCUCCGGAGCCUGCUGCACUGGGUGACCGGGCGGCAGAUGCGCUUCGAGGGCGGAUUCCAGGGCCGCUGCAACAAGCUGGUGGAUGGGUGCUACUCCUUUUGGCAAGCCGGGCUCCUGCCCCUGCUCCAUCGGGCACUCCAUGCCAGGGGCGAUCCAGCGCUGAGCAUGGCACACUGGAUGUUUGACCAGCUGGCACUGCAGGAAUACAUUCUCCUGUGCUGCCAGUGCCCAGCUGGCGGGCUGCUGGAUAAGCCAGGAAAAUCCCGGGAUUUUUAUCACACCUGCUACUGCCUGAGUGGGUUGGCCAUUGCACAGCACUUUGGAAGUGGAGACCUCCACAAUGAGGUGGUCCUGGGUAUCCCUGAGAAUUGCCUGCAGGCCACACACCCCGUCUACAACAUUGCCCCGGAGAAGGUGGCGAGGGCGGUGAUGCACUUCCUGCAGUAUCCUGUGCCCAGCCUGGAUCCAGCAUCCGCUGCCGAGUAGGGGGGUUCUGCUGCUGGCUCGGGGUGCCGAGCCCCGGGAGCGAGCGGCACAGCCCAUCCCCGCGGCGCCUGGCCAGGCAGAGCACGGUGCUCAGGGUGCUAGCAAUACCAAAAUCCAGCCUGCUCCAGGCCUGGUGUCCUGCUGCCAUCCUGGCCAGAGCCACGGUGGGACACGGGCUCUGGCAGAGCUUUUUGGCAUCAAUAAACCAGAAGUCACACCCGCCGUGUGCUGGUGGCCCCGGGGAUGCGGGGCAGGAGGUGAUGCCAUGUCUGGAUGUGGUGGCACCAACUUCCCCCAUUCCAAGAACACAUGGUAACCACAGGGAAGGAUAAAAUAAGUGGAAUUUUG